AUGAAGAGAGCAGAGCUGGUUUUCGUUCCCACACCGGCUGUUGGCCAUCUUGUAUCAGCAAUAGAGUUUUCGAAACGAUUAUUGGACGGUUGUGAUCGAUUCUCAAUCACAAUCCUCGUCAUGAAACCGCCAUUUGAACCCUCUGCUAUUCUGAACUCAAACACCAGCGCACAAUCGCUUGCUGCCUCCCACGGCCACAUCAAAAUCAUAGACCUUCCCACUGUGAACCGCCCACUUGAGCUUCUUCAACAGUCUGUGGAAAAAUACAUCACAGUCUACAUGGAGGGCUACAAGAACCAUGUGAGAGAAGCCAUAGCUAGCCAUGUCUUGCCCAGUUGCUCUGUUUCUGGUUUAGUGGUUGAUAUGUUCUGCACCACCAUGAUCGACGUGGCCAACGAACUCAAGGUUCCAUCAUUUCUGUUCUUCACUUCUGGUGCUGGCUUUCUCGGCUUCCUGCUCCACCUUUCGAGCCGCUACGACCGAGUCGGCACGGUGUUUAAAGAAUCGGACUCCGAGUCAGUGGUACCGAGUUAUGUCAACCCUGUUCCUGCAAGCGUAAUUCCUUCAUUUGCUUUCAGCAGCGACGGGUACGUUACCUUCGCAAACCAUGCCAGGAGGUUCAAGGAAACGAAGGGUAUAAUCGUCAACACAUUUGUUGAGCUCGAAUCCCAUGCGGUUGGCUCACUUUCGGAUGGUGAAACCCCUCCUGUUUACACAGUGGGGCCCUUGAUUGGCGUGCAUCCUGCGCAGCAUUCUGAUCAUCAGAGCAAAUUUGACAAAAUCAUGACGUGGCUUGAUGAUCAGCCUUUCAAAUCAGUGGUGUUCCUCUGCUUUGGGAGCUCUGGGAGCUUUGAUGAGGCCCAGCUGAGAGAGAUUGCUAUUGGCUUAGAGCAGAGUAAGCAGAGGUUCUUGUGGUCCGUACGCAAAGACCCGCCCAAGGGCAAGUUUAUGGUGCCAGAGGAGCACACAAGUCAUGAGGAGUUUCUGCCUCGAGGGUUCUUGGAGAGGACCAGUGGGGUCGGGAUUUUAUGUGGGUGGGCCCCACAGGUGGAGGUCCUGGCCCACAGGGCGGUGGGAGGCUUCGUGUCACACUGUGGUUGGAACUCAAUAAUGGAGAGCCUGUGGCAUGGUGUGCCUGUUGUGACUUGGCCUCUGUAUGCGGAGCAGCAGAUCAAUGCGUUUCAGAUGGUGAGGGACUUGGGGCUGGCUGUGGAGCUGAGAUUGAACUACAGAAAGGACGGUGUAGAUCAUUUUGUGGUGGCUGAUGAGAUUGAGAGGGCUGUGAGGUGUGUGAUGGACGGUAAUGAUGAGCUGCGGAAGAAGGUGCAGGAGAUGAGUGGAGUGUGUAGGAGGGCUGUUGGUGAUGAGGGGUCUUCAUCUGCUUCAUUUGAAAGAUUGAUUGAAGUUAUGCUGGCACGCUUUAAUUAA